GUUGACAUUUGUCAAUUGUCAUCGUAUUUUGUUCUUGGUUAUUUUUAUUUAUAUUCAAUAAAAUAUCAGAAUUUUCAGAAAUAUUUACAAAUUAGCUCUAUCAAAGGAUACUAACACAAUAUGCCUGGAAUGAAUAACACAGAUUCUAAGCAAAUAAUAGGGACUUUACCUAAAAGUGAGGAAAAAGAUCCUACUCAACCCGAAACCCCAAGAGAAAUUACUCAAACUGAUCAUUUGAACAAAAAGCUGCUUACUGUUUUUCUUGAAAAAAUCAAUGAAACUUCAUCAUCAAUCAUUUCUCAAGAAGCAACUUCUUGUAAUAAUGACAACGAAUUUCUAUAAUAUUUAAAAUAUCAAAAAUUCCCAAGCAUCUUCUAUUUAUGAUAAAUAUAACCUCUAAACUCAAUUUGGCGGGACAUCCAUUUCACAGCUAGAUCCUGGUAGUUUUUGGAAUUGUAGAAACUUUUUGGUGCAUGAAAAAUGGAUUUAUUUGACGAACAUGAUGAAAAUGAAAUCUUUGAUGAUGGAGAAAAUUUGGAACUAUCAAAUGAAGGUAUCCAAGCGAAUGAAGAAGAAAAUGAAGACGCAAAUGAUAAUCAAGAAGACGAAGGAAAAAGAGUUAAACCAAAGAAAAUUAUUAGGCAUCCUAGAGCCAAAUUGAAUGCCGAACUUUUGAAAGGACCUAAGGGACUUGGAAAUCUGGAAAAAUGUUUUGAUCGAGUUCAAUUCAAAGGAAAGGGCUAUGAAGAGCAAGAUCUGAAUGUACUCUUGAAAACUUAUGAAUAUUGGUGUCAUCGACUAUUUCCCAAAUUCCCUUUCAAAGAUUGUAUAGAUAAGAUUGAAAAAUUGGGUUCAAAAGGACCUAUACAGACACACUUGAAGAAAGUAAGAUCUGGAAUGAUCGAUGAUGACAUUGAAACAAUGGAUGUAUUACCAGAUUUUAAUUCAGAUGAAGAAGAAGAAUCUGCUCCACCAAAUGUAGCUCAAACAUCUAUACAAGCCACAAUGGCUGAUAUACCAAUUGAAUUGACUGAGGAUCAACUCGAGACAAUCAGAAGGAAUAGGGAAAAAGCACAAAAACUGAGGCAGGAAAGACUUCGGAAAAUACAGGAAAAAGCAGCUGUAAAUCUACCAGAAAAAAAUGUAUUGAAUGGUGAUUCAACAUCUAUUAGGAGAUCAAGUACUGAAAUGGAAGAGACUGAGGUGGAUAUUCAGUCCAAUACAGGUCCAGCUAAGAAUGUUUCAUCUGAAAGUGAUUGCAAUGGGAGUGAUCCCAAUAUGCAUUGUGAUAAAUCAAAAGAAGAUGAAAGAGUAAAUUUACAAGAACAGGAAAAAGAUGAGAAUAAUGAUAGUGAUGAGGAAUUCCAAAUAUCAAAAAAGAAUUCUAAAAAGUUUUUCGAUGAUGAUGAUGAGGAAGAGAGUACAACUGUAGUAGAAGAAAUAGGUAAUAAUGAAGAUAAUAGUGUACAAGUCAAAUCUAGAAAUUUUCUAGAAACUAGUGAUGAAAAUAUUCCUGAAAAUAUUGAUGAAACAGUUGAGCAGAUGGAAGUGGAUGAAUAAAACUUGGACAAUGAGAGAUUAGUUUGAAAAUUGAAUAAAUUUGUUUCAUUUAAACAUGAAAAAUUGUACAUGCAUUAGUGAGAUUUAAAUUUUUUCUGCUAUAAGAUUAUGAUUUAUUUGUCAUAGAUAGGAUUUGCUGAAUAAAUACUUACUUUUUAUGAA